AUGGACUCUUCAGAUGACAUACAAUUACCAGGUAAGCACCCGAGCACAGCUACCUUUGUAGGGUUGUGUCCCCGAUCGUAUGCUGACGAAACGAAUGAAGACAUGAAUGUUCCUGGCAAUCUCGAGUUCUAUAGAAAAAUUAUAGACUUUGAGAACGACAUCGGCAAUAGGAACUUGGACUAUGAAUAUCAACAAGCUUAUGGAAGAGUCUUGCGUAAUUGUACAACCGAUUGGAAUAUUGAGGCUAUGAUCGAAAACUCUCCUGCGGAACUUACCCAUUACAAUGAAUCGACCGACUUUGGAAGACUUGUCAACGAACCAUCCCACUACAAGACCGAUUAA